UUCAAACCUCAUGGCACCAUCGUCUACAAUCAUCGCACUACAUGUCGCUUUUUACGGAGCAUCGGCAACUCAGGGUUAGCAACUUCUUUUAUUAUUAUAUGCUGUCACCGUUCAAAGAUUCUAACAUAAAGACUGAGAACGAGCCGUAUCAAAAAUUGACAAUUAAGAGAGUUAAGCAGAAGCCGACUUGUAUGAGAACUGCGAAGUCCUAAAUAUGCGAUAAAAACCAAAAAAAAUAUCCUGUUCAAAUAGACGAGUACAGGUAGAAACCAUUGUAAAAACAACACGUCUUUUGAUACUGCAACAAAUUAAUCCGAAUAAAGUAAAAAUAGUAGUUUUGGCACGUUGUAGAUGAUAGAAACCACAAAACGUAUUCAAUGAAGAGAAAUGACACUUUUAUUCUAUAAAACUGGUUAAAUUAGUUAAAAAGUGUUUCUCAACAUAAAACAAGUGGUUUCUUUGACACAAGGGUACGUUUCAGGUACAUCUUGAUUCUUUUUUCCGAUACUUUGUAGCAUGACUCUGUUACUGAAUGUCAAACAGUUAUGUCGAUGUUGCAUUCAGCAACGUGUGAAGACUAAUGGAUUUGUGGAAAGGAACUUGAUUUUGUCCGUUUUGCAUUUCAUGGUUAUUUACUAUUUUUUAUUCUGUUUUGCUUAAUAUUCCUACUCCCAACCAAUAGUUCAUCUAUCAUGUCCACUAAAAACAUGCACGCGACCUGUGUGCCAAUUUGCUAACACUUGAUGUACUCAAUGUUGUAGUUGCCGAAGCUGGUUUCACGAACCAUGCACGAAACUUAUUGCGACUGCUCAUAAGAGGUUAAAUAGGUCCUAACACAAGUGAAUAUAUGAAACCUACCAUACAAUAAGAAGUAUCACCAGUCUUUUGACGCUGUUGUGAAUAUAAUUGUCAGGUCAAGUGAAAAAAUCCAACCGCCAGGUGCAUAAAUAUCCAGAGGUAUGGUGAAAGAAAAGGAGGGAAUGGGGGCAUGAUUUUAAUACUGGUCGUCACUCCUUGCUCUAUAUAUGGAAAUAGCCAGACUAAUAGUUGUAGUACGUUUUUGUUUUGAUCGUGGAACGGAACAGCUGAAACGCGAGGUUCUAAGCUUAACAUACAAGUGUUCUUAAAACCGUAAGAAAGAGUGCAAAUCUCAAUAAGCUUGAUUUUCAAGUUUAUAACUUGACUGAUUCUAGUUUGUGAAGUCUGAAAGUAAAUCUUGUGCUUACUAAGGUUAUUAUCAUCACUAGAGGGAGGGAUCCAUCCUUUGUUUGGAUUUUUGUUCGAUGUGAAUCAAUGUUUUAAGCUAACGAGAUAGCUGUUUGGUUGUUAACAAAUACUAUGUGACGAAAAAAUACACUGCGGUCUUUCAAACUACUCCAUUCAUGAAAUGAAUAAAAUAGCUAAAAGUUACCGCUGAAGUAAAAAUCCAGUUUUAUGGAAAUGGUGUUUCCCUGUAAUCCCCUAUAUAUUUUGAGUUCAUAAAAACUGAACUUCGUUAUCGUCUCCUUAUAGUUACUCUGUAAACUGCUUAUCAGAUGAAUUCCAGUGGUGAUUACUAGAGUGGGCUAUGAGACGGAUAUCAGUGUUCCCACAUCUUACAUCAACAUAGAGAAGGGAACCCAGUAAUAUGAAAAGUGUAGGGUGAAAUAAUAUAAAAACCAGUAGAAAUCUAAACAUGCAGUUUUAAAGAAGCAGAUGAAAUCAAAAAGUUAGGGAUCAUAAUGAACCAAAGGUGUUGAGAGUCAUUAUGAAUGAAUGCAACUGCGAUCGAUUUUAAGUCAUGUACCUUAACGUCUUCAACGAUCACAGUAUUUUCCCCAAAAGGGAGUUUAGACAUAGUAACAGUCAGUGAUACCACAUGUUGUUUUGGUCACCUCUAGCUUUAUUCUAACCUAACCUGCUAUCUUACCUAGGCAAAACUAACCUUAUCUCAGUUUACCACGCAUGACUUGUUUCACAUGUUAUUUACACUUAAAUCAGGGGUAGUGGAAAAAUGGAUAUACAAAGCGUCCGCUGACCAGGAGUGAUCAAAACAAAAUAUGGAAAAGUAAUAAAAAUACUCAAAGUUGAGUUCUAAACUCAAAUAGGCUUCUUAAGGUUAAUGAAAUAGUCGGAGUCGGUACCACCAUAGAUAGGCAUCAACGUAAAGCCCGGCACAUAUCUCUUGGCUAAAGUUGCUAUGCUAUAUUAGCACGACGUGAUGAAAAUAACUAAGAUUGAAAUGGUGUAGUAGCAGUAAUAAAAAGACUACAAAAUGUUUCGCCAAAAAAAUUUAGAAGUCUAUGUCUUUCCAUCUGAUCAUGUAAACCUAGUCUUGUUCUGUAUUACAUAUCAGUAUGCUUUAAAUUGAAAAUUGUCUAUUGUUAACCAAAGUUGUUAUUUUCUCUGCCAAUAAAGUAACUAGACGUCUUGAGAGUCACUCAUUUAAGCGUUUUAUUCUGUCAAAGUUUAUCCCAGUUUACCACACGACAAGUGAGCUGCAAACUCUAUGAGGUAUCAGCGAUAUAUGCAUACAGAUUUUUAAGCAAUAAAUCUGUUGUUGGUAUUUCGAAGGACAUUGACCAGUUGUUCAAUUUAUCAUAUGUAAUGGUAAAUGUUAUACUCUUGUGUAAUUUCAUCCGUUUCUUAGUAUCCAGAAAUACUUCAUUUUUGUUAUCACAUUUCUAUCUCCAAGUUAUGUUUAGGUUCAGUCGAAGUCCACAUGGAUUGUCCAACUUACAUUGUGUACAACCAUCAAAGAUAUUGGUUACGAAACGGUCUUGGCGAGCAGUUCCCAUGUGGGCUAACUUUCCUUUGCAACAUAACGGUCAAACGAUCAGUAAUCUCAUGGGAAAUAAGAGUGAAGUGGAAUCACUUACUGUUUGUGAUAUUACGGAUGCUUCGAUCUCAAAACAAAAUUCUUUUGAUGAACCAUUCAGUUCCUUCGUUACUCCACAUUCAAGUGCUUCUCCACCAUCUACUAUUGUUCAGCCCGAGGAUGACAUAAGACUAGUUGAGUUUCUAAAAGUCCAUGGAUUUAGGUGGUAUCAAGUUGUGAUAUUUUUCAUUUCUAUAAUGAGUUACCUCGCAGAUAUUGCAUCCGACGCAUACUUGGUUUAUACGUACUAUAUUCAGGGAGAUUACUACUGGUCUAGUUUAACAAUGACUUUUAUGGUAGUUCCCGCUCUCUUGAUGUCCAGUUUCAGUCUUGCGUGGUAUUUCAUUGACUAUAAAGUUCGAGUUGAUCCUCCGCGCAGCUAUCGAGCAUGGACGUUUAGAUUAUUGUUUCAUGGACUCCAGUUGGCCCCACUAGUGAGGGCAGCUGACGCUAUCUACUACGGUAUAGCAAGUCGACAACCUGGAUUAAGUCUUCGUGUAGCUGCACAAUAUACGCAGUUGAUGCUUUAUGAAGAUGCCGAUUGUGCUAUGCUUCGUUUGAUAGAAUGUUUCACUGAGUCCGCUCCACAACUUCUGUUACAGUUGUACAUUAUUUUAACGCAACCAUAUCCUGCACCUAAAUUUCAAAUGACUGCACAAUUUGUUUCAUGUGUAUUUUCAUGGCUUUCACUGGCGUGGUCGUUAACCUAUUAUCAAUCUGCUCUACGUAGUUCACGUAUUGAAAAAGGAAAUAUCCAGACCUUAGGUGUUAUAUUCUUCUUUUUCUGGAAGGCUGGAGUGCUAGCAUCACGAUUACUUGCUUUGGGUAUACUUGCUUCUGUUGUCAAGGGGUUUUGGUUUGUAGUAGCUCUCGGUAUUCAUUGGUUGUUGGCUUCUGGUUGGUUAAUCACUCGAGGGACGACGUUUUGUUCAUCGAAUUCACGAGCGUUAGGAGAGCUGACCUUUGAUUUAGUAUUGGGUGCAGUUUAUUGUUUUGAUGUGGUCAAUAUUCGUGAAGGACGAAGUCGAAUGUGGUAUGUAUCAUGUUACUUAAUAUUUGGCAUUGAAAACUCAGUAUGUGCGUCAUUGUGGUGGAUAACACAUUCAUAUAUUAAUGCAAAUCUUCCAAAAAGUGUGUUCAAAAAUCAACCAUCCACGUGGAACACCGUCUUACCUUCAUACACUCUUCUUAUUAUCGUGAUGUGCAGUUUUUGUAUGGGUAUAGUGAUGAUGAUCGUUUAUUACAUUACGUUUCAUCCAUCGGGAAAGAUUGAAUUAUGCAUUCCGUGUGAUGAACUGAUAAUAACUUUGGGACCGCAAGAUUCAUUAACAGUCGACCCAAAUAUUCAACUAUCAGAGGAAACUAAUCAGGUAUCAGUGAAAUCAUAAAACGGACAGUUGAACAAUUUGCAAGCACUAUUAAAAUUAAGCAAUUUCUUCACACAACACAAUCGCUUUUGUCUGCUGAUGAAAAAAAUGAAGUCAAAGAAUUAAAGCGACAGGCUUGAUGCCAACAAUAGAUUGACAACGAAAAUUUCUGUAAUAAAAUUAUUAGUUUAUAUGUAUGACAAAACAGUUGUUCAUGAAUUCGAGUUUUUUAUUAAACGAAGAUCAAUAAAAUGUAUCGA